CUACACUAUAUUGAAUGAAUAAUGACGCGGCGCGACUAUUUUAACGCGAUAUGAUCAGUAUAAACGUCCCUAAAGAGUUUUAGUUUUAAAUGUAAACAUUAUUUAGGAUUAUAUAUUAUAUAUUAUUCGCCACAAUUGUUAAAAGAUUCUUUACUUUUAAAUAUUAUUUUACGCGGGAAUAUUACUAAUUAAUGAAACGAUACAUGUUUCCAUGGCAUAACCUAAUAAAUGUUUGAAUUAAACAAUAUUGGUCAAGACAAAAAGGAGAGCCAAUAAAACAUAUAUCAACAAUUUAUCAUCUAUGAGAGGAUAUUUUCAAUAAAAUGAGUGAAACAAUUGUAACUAAUGAAAUUUCCGAAAGUAAUGGUGGAACAGAACAACAACCGGCUUACAAUGGAGAAACUGAAGAACAUCCUAACAAAUCACCAGGAAGUGCAGAAGAUAAAGCACCUGAUUCGUUAUGUGACAAUGGAAUUAAAAAAAAUACUGCCAUUAUAGGUACUGGAAACAGUAAUGUUAAUGUUACUAAUAGGGGGAAAAAACGUAAAAGAGCUCCAAGAGAUGCUACAGCUCCAAAACAACCUCUUACUGGCUACUUCAGAUUUUUAAAUGAUCGGAGGGAAAAAGUUAGAGGAGACAAUCCAACUUUGUCUUUUGCUGAAAUCACAAAACUUCUUGCUUCAGAAUGGAGUACAUUACCCGCUGAUCAAAAACAGCAAUACUUAGAUGCUGCUGAACAAGAUAAGGAACGUUACAAUCGUGAAUUUAGCGAUUAUAAACAAACUGAAGCGUAUCGUAUUUUUAGUGAAAAACAGUCUUCAGAAAAACAUACAGAGAAAAAAGAACGAAACGGAACAGAUAUAAAUACAGAACAAACCGAUGUGCAACAAGACAAGGACAAUAAUUUCACAGGUUUUGAUAUUCCCAUUUUUACAGAAGAAUUUUUAGAUCACAAUAAAGCAUGUGAAGGUGAAUUAAGACAAUUACGAAAAGCUACAUCAGAUUACGAAGCACAAAAUGCUGUACUUCAACGACACGUUGAUAGUUUAUGUUCAGCUGUAAAUCGUUUAGAAUCUGAGACUAAUCAACAACGUACAACAAAUCAAGCAUUACAACGUCAUCUAGAAUCUUUACGUGCACAAUUGGCAGGCUGUUUUGCAGCUAUUCCUUUACCAGGUACACACGAAGGUGCAACGUUACAAAAUAUUGAUAAUUAUGUUGAAAGGCUUGAAACAUUGUUAAGUAGUAAUACAGAACAAGCAUUGCGUAAUGCUGUUCGUAACGCUGUCUCUCGAUUAGAAUUAAUUGGAUGACGAUCGCCCUCCCGCGUUACAACUACAUCAUUAAAACACCAUCGUUCAAGACAUUCGCAUCGAAAAUAGUUGGAAGAAUAAUAUAAGUACAUAAUAUUAUAUUUUAGUUAAUAAAAUAGUUAUACCUUAAAGUUUAUUUAUAUGUACAAUGCAAUUAUUGUAUAUUAUAUAAGAGGAAUUGUUUCGGUACUUGUAGUUCUUUUAUUAUUAUGGAAUCUUACGAAUGGUCAUUUAUCUCUCUUUAGGCUGUUUUUAUAUUGCUGAUAUAUUUAAACUUAUUAUAUUCAAAUUGUUCUAAGUUGUUCACAUUGUUUUAAAGUAAAAU